AUGGGCAACGCAAACGUCAGCAACAGCAGCGGCAACCGCGUCUCUAUUGCCGAGGACAUCGAUGGACAGGUGAUGCCAGUCCCUCCCCAUCUGCCUUUUUUGUCUGGCCGUUGCGUUUCCCUGCCCGUUAUACUCUCUCGGCGCCCUCUCACACCAAAGGGUUUCUCACCCGCCGUGAAAAUUCAGACUGCCGGAAGCUUUGAGGGAGCCAAGCUCAAGGAUCGCGAUCGCCGCAUCUCCAACGUUCAGGAUCAUGGCCGUCGCAAAUCCAUUCUGAAGAAAGAUCGGCGCUCGUUCGGUCCGAAACACAGCACCGCUCUACUUGAUCUGCAUGAACAAAUUGAUACGGCGCUGUCACCCCCUGAGCGGGCCCAAGCUCUUUUCACCCGGGCUUUUGAGCUCUCCAUGCAAGAGCUCGUCGAGGCAGCCACGGAGCCACAUGGGGCAAAGAGGGCUAAAAACUUCGAGCGCCAUGACACCAAGUUUCUUGAAAAAUUCAACAAAGAAUUGGCCAAGGGCGACUCCCCCUUUGAAGCAAUGUGCCAGCCUUCAGUGAAGCGACCGAGUGAACGGGACGCGCGCCGUCAAAAAAUCAUCGUUGAUCUGCAGGAUGAAGUCGAGCGCCUCAAGGCCGUGUGCCAGGUCCUGGAGGAACAAAAGGCUACACUGGGCAAUGUCAACAAGCGCCUCGCCAGUGCGCGGGAGGGUAAUGGCGAAGAGCUUUCAGAGCAACAGCGCGAAACACUGGCUAGGUUACAGAAGCAGCUCUACGGUCAUUCCCAGCGUGUGGUGGCCCCCCAAAUCGACCUGGCGGUGGUGGAUCGCCUGACAAAGAUGCAACAGCACAUGCAAGAGGCCUAUGCCCAUUUCGUCUCGUCGGCUCAGACCACCCUGCAUGCUCGCACGCAAGCCAAGCGGUCUGCUGCAGACGCACACCCCGCCGCCGCAGACAUGUCGACGCUCAUUGGCGAGCUGCCGAUUGAGGAGUAA